GAUCGUCUUUGAUUCUAUUCUCACAUUUCUCACCUUUGUAGUGAUAACUGUCAUUUUCUGUCAGUGAACUCGACGACGUUGUUUGGUGUGGUCGCUCGCUUCGUAGUAUUAUAAUAAAAUCGUACAAAAAUGAGGAUUUGGACCAGCGAAUACACUUUCAACCAUUCCUGGGAAACUGUAACUAUAGCUGCUUGGAGGAAAUAUCCUAAUCCUCACAAUCCAGCAGUUAUUGGUACGGAUGUUAUCGAAAGAAAAGUUGUGGAUGGUGUACUGCAUUCCCAUAGAUUAGUCAGCUCAAAAUGGUAUUUUCCUAGAUGGGCUCAAGCAUUGAUUGGAUCAGCGAAUGUAUGCUACGCCAGCGAAGAAAGUGAAGUGAACCCAAGUUUAAGAUCCAUGACCUUAAGGACAAUUAAUCUCACGUUCUGCAGCCACAUAGCAGUUAACGAAACUCUAAAGUAUGUACCUCAUCCGGAGGAUUCUGCGAAAACCCUACUCAAACAGGAAGCUAUAGUUACCGUGAAGGGAGUACCUCUUUCCAGCUAUAUGGAAGAUCUCCUAACCAAUAAGAUCUCAAAUAAUGCGUGUAAAGGAAGGCAAGCAAUAGAGUGGGUGAUAACAAAGCUAGAUAGGGAAGUGCAAGAUUUAUCUAGAACAACUGAUAAAAUGAUCGAACAAACAAAGAAAUCUAUUUCUUACUUAGGACGGGGAAUGGAUAAUCUACUCAGUCAGGAUGCGUAACAUCGAUUCAUUACCUAGGAAAGAUUCAAGCUGAAGCCACAUUUGUACAUAGCUACAUAUUUAUGAAAGUCGUCGUGUCACUCACUCCUUAAAAAAUUUAUUUAUUGACAUUCCCCGAUAUAAAACACCUAGAUUUAAAUAAAUAAAAGUAUUUGUUUAAUGAUAUUAUCAUUUCUUGAUAUCGUUGAAUUUUUUCAUGUAUGUUCUUCUUUAUAACGAAGAGCACUAUAAUUAGGCAAUGAAAUAUAUGAGAUGUUUUGUA